AUGUUGUUUGACGGAGCCACGAAUGAAGUAGGGCAUGGUAUAGGGACUAUUUUGAUAUCUCCUGAUAAGAAGUUGUAUCCUCUAACUGCUAAGUUAUACUUUGAUUACACGAAUAACAUGGCUCAGUAUAAAGCAUGCAGUAUGGGGGUUCGAAUGGCUUAUGACAUGAAGAUUAGAAAGUUGCAAGUUUAUGGGGAUUCUCUUUUGGUAGUACAUCAACUAAAUAGGGAGUGGGAGACAAGAAACUCUAAGUUGAUUCCUUAUAACAAGUAUAUUCGAGAAUUGACCCAAGCUUUUAAGUCAAUCACAUUCGAGCAUGUCCCACGCGAAAAUAACCAAGUUGUAGAUGCAUUGGCCAUUCUAUCUGCCAUGUUUAAUAUGGCUUAUAAUGAAGAAACUCAACCAAUAAGUAUUGAGAAGCGUGAAGCGUCGGCACACUACAUGAGUAUUGAGCAAGAAUCCGACGAGAAGUCUUGGUAUUGA